AAUUGCGUCAUCUGGUUGUUGUGUACUUCGGCUACUCGUUCGGGGAAGUUGUUGUGGUUCUUUUUUUUUUACCCAAAUAUUAGCUAGCCAGUAGCCAGCUAGCUAAUCCCCGAGAAGUCCGGCAGAACCAGAAGACCUGGUCCCGGAAUUGAAAAGAGGCGCCGAUGACCGUCAACGAGGAACAGCCUUGUAUCUCAUGUAGUUUAUAUUCGUGAAGAAUAUCCAAAUGGAGGUGGUGGAAAGUCCUCUUAACCUCGCCCAUCAGCAGAGCAGGAAGGCUGACCGUUUGCUGGCAGUGGGCAAAUAUGAAGAAGCCAUUGCAUGUCAUGGGAAAGCUGCAGACCUUCUGAAGGAGGCCAUGAAGCUAACACACUGUGAACAGGCUCACCUGUCACUGGAGCUCCAGAGGGACAGCCACGUCAAGCAGCAGCGGCUGAUCGAGGAGAGGUGGAAACGGGCCAAACGGGAAGGGCGGCCCCGGGGGACCCACAGCGGCCCCGCCACCGCCGCCGCCCCCGAGCUCAGCCCCCCGGCCUCCCUGCAGGCCACCGCCGGUGCCGCCCCCGGGCCGACGCAGGACCGCCGCGCUCCGGGCGACGGCGAUCGCGAGUACGACACCUGGCUGUACCUGCUGAAGAACAAGGGCGCCCCCCCGGAGCCCUGCCCCUGCCCCGGCAGCAAGGCCCUGAAGGACGACAAGACGCGGCUGGAGGAGCAGGAGACGGCCAUCGCAGACCUCAGGAAGCUGGUGGACUUCCUCCUGGCCGAGAACGAGAAGCUGACCCAGGAGAACCAGCGGCUGAAGGCGGAGAACGUCCGGCUGAAGAGGGAGCCGUACGCCGACGCCGACUUCGUGGAGAAGUCCGAGCUCUGGGUCCUGCCGCAGCCGGGCGAGGACAGGAAGACCAAGGACAUUCCCAUCCCGCACCUCCCGCCCCUGGAAAUGCCGACUCAGGACAUCUCGCUGGAGGACCUCCCUGCGCUGGAGCUGCCUGAGGACAUCCAGCAGGAACUGCAGGAGCUCCUGGACAGGGACAAGCCGUAGCCCGCGCUAAAACGCUAACGAAAGGAAGACCCACCCGAGAACAGGCGACCGCGCUGUCGUGGUGACGCGCCGCCUUUCAGAAGUGUUCAGUGGCGUCCCUGUGGCACUUCCGCAGGGGCAGCUCAAGUGACUGAACUUAGAAGUCAUUUGUUUUUCAUUAUUUUGUUUCUGUCUCCCUCCAGUGGCUACCCUAGGUACUGCAGCUAUUUCGUGAAAAAUCUUUUGCCAGAUUUGUGCCUUUGAAUAUUUCUAUAAUAUAAGGUCCUGAAAAAUAUUUGAAUAAAAAGGGACUGAUGAAAGUUCUCCGGCUUUAUGAAAGGUUCCCAUCUCAAAGCCAGGACUGGCUGGCAUUGAUGGUUUCAUCUCUCACUUCUUAAUUUUUGUUUUUAUUAUUAUUGUUAUUAUUGGCUGGUUUCAGCUCAGAUUUCUCAUAAUAGCUCUAGAAACCUGGGACAGACUAUGCCCAGGGAUAGAGGUGGAGUGUGGGAAGACGUGCAGCUCCAGAGAAACCUGAGUGAAGGUUUAGCAGUGGAAACCGUCCCUCCGGACAGACAGCUGAGCUGCUCUGGGGGAGGGGCAGAAAAACGAACACUGUGAUCUACAUCCGUAAUCUGUACUGUGUGGUGUUUGCUCGACUCCCGGUCUAGCGCUCCCUCCUGGGUCGAACGUCCUGCGCUAGUGCGAACGCUCGCGCGCGGAGCAGGCUCGCAAGCGCCGAACGAACGCCUCCAUUUUGUGUCCCGUCAUUUCCAGAGACAGCCAGCGGAAGGAGACUGAAGUAGACUUGACCUUUUUUUUCCCGUCUCGAGACGACGGCCAGGGGGGCGUCGUGGGUUUUUCGGUUUAAAAAAAAGGGGGAACCUCCGCGCCCCUUUCCCGCGUCCCCCGGCGACGUCGGUGUCCCGUGGGGGGAAACUCGUGGUAAAAGAGCUCGUGUUUUCGCCCGCGCGGAAACGUCUCGCCGCCUGAAUGGCGGGAGAGGUGGCGGCCUCUCGGCUGAGCUGCGUCAGAGAGGCCUCGGCACGGACCGAGCGCCACCAGCUCCCUCCCAGCCUGCACGCAGGACGAAGACACAGGCCGGCGUACAAACCACUCGUGAGCCGUCGCUAACAAAAGCCUGGCUGACAUAGGCAGUUUAUGAAGCCUCUUUUCCUCCUCCCCCCUCCCCUCCUUUUUUUUUUGAUAUUCAAGUUUGGUCCUGUGUGUGUGUGGUACCUCAUUUUAUUAUUUUAAUGUUUUUUAUUUGUCUUUUGAGUCAGUUAAUUUGUACUGUAAUCAGUCAGUUGUUGGACACAAAAGUGAAUGUUUAAAACACACAAAAAAAACAUUUUCAGGUAACUGUUUGAAUAUGCAGAAUGAAAAAAGUACAAAUAUACCAUAUACUAGUAUGUAUGAGUAUGUACGUGUGUGUGUGUGCGUUUAUAUUUUUUAUAUAUAUGUGUAUAUAUGCGUGUGUAUGUACGUGUAAUACAUAUAUGUGUAUAUAUAUAUAUAUAUAUAUAUAUAUACACACCAGGGUUUGUAGCUCAUUUUCAGCACUAACCUGAAAUAAUCAACUUGUGCCAGAAGCGCCAGAAAUGAGAAGAGCAGCUGUGAUGCAGCUUGGGAGCCAAUGAAAAGAAUGGGUCAUAUUGGUCUCAUAAAGAGGGAACCAAAUUAGCUAUGUUGAGUAUGUAUAAUUUAAUCAUCGGUUUACAAACUGUAAUCAGGGUGCAUCAGAACUUUUUGUUUGUUUUGUAUUACUGCUUGUUGUAAAUCUUAAAACCUGUGCUACCAACUCACAACAAUGAACAUUGUAACAUGUAACAUUGUUUUGGUGAUGCAUGAAUGAUGAUGCUAGUUGUAAGUAUAUGAUCUUUGAAAUGUGUACAUAAAAAGAUGAAACUGUUUAUUCUA